AUGAAGCACACAAAGCUGCAUAGUAAUGCCCCUAAUUAUCACUACCAGUGUGGGGUACCUGACUGCCCACGGAGAGAAGGAAGACCGCGCAGGGAAAUGGCAGGAGAGGCCAGACUGGCAAGAGGUCCUGUUGACCAAUACGGGUGUGUGAGGUGGGGCCCAGCAGAUUUGCCAGUGGGGGAGACCGAGGCAACGUUGGAGAAUAUGAAGAGGGAUCUGCUCAACAUCUACUCAGAGGAAGGAAUGAGUGGGGCAGAGAGAGCAGAACCAAUAAUGAGGAAGACAUACGUCAUCCUGCGGAAAUACCUUAACAAAGUGCCUGCCCCAGCAAUGUCCGAGAUCAAACUGGAGUGGCCCUUUCUCUUCUCUCAGAAAUGCCUAUUCUCACACUUUAGCCUCCUGACAGACAUCGACAUCCUUCCAAAACUGCAGGAGGCAAUCAGUCGACGAGGACAGACCAUCCUGGAUUACUGUGCAACGCUGGACAACCCCAGAAUCUGUGAUGUUCUGGCCUGCUAUGAGCCAGACUCUGACAAGGCCGCCUGCAUCCUGCUGCUCCUAAUGUCAUACUUCAGAGAGCCGAAGGAGAGUUUGAUGCUUGAAGUUGAUCCAUGUGCCACUGCUGUGGACGUUAAUACUGCAGAACUCCCCAGCACCCCCUGCUUGAUCGUUCAAGGUGACAUGAUGAAGCCCUCUGGGUGGCUUAUAUCCAUUGAGGGACAUGUUGUGAUGGGCCCACACCCUUUGUUUGUACAUGGAGUAGCAGCUUUCUUCAGCAGCUAUUACGUCUUCAACCUUGAGUAUCCUGCCGCUGGAUCGUCAACGCUGGAGUUCAUUCAAAGGUGCUUCUUGGGCAUCAAUCCCGAAAGAGGCUCAAAGACCAAGAAGCGCACAACAAUGAACCCUCAUGUGAGCACCCUUUUGAGGAAGCUCAUUGACUUUGAGUGGGCAUCAUAG